UCAUUGAUAUUGUCAAUGGUGUAAACUGAGAGAGGGCUGGGUGUGUGGGGGAGAGAGAGAGGGAACCGCGGCCACGGAGGAGAGAUAGGAGAACCUCAGUGUCUGGUUUUUGCGUUUUUUCCUCUAAAGUCGUGACAGUAAGCAUCUUCCAGAGUCACUGGACUAGGGCCGGCUCGGAUCUGUUCUAUAUUUCGGGGUCAUUUUUCGUGAGUGGGGGAGGCUCGGGUCACAGAUCUCGGAGGUUAUGAGCCGUCCGAAGCCGCGUCGGUGCGUCGCUGUCCAGGGUCCUGAGUGAGACAGAGCCAGCGGGCGACCACGGAGCCUGACAUAACCCGUGAGUUCAAAAGCUCAGGAGCCAUGGAGUUGAGGGUGGGGAACAAGUACCGCCUUGGGAGGAAGAUAGGGAGCGGAUCCUUUGGAGAUAUUUACCUCGGUUCUAACAUCGCUACAGGAGAGGAAGUAGCAAUCAAACUGGAAUGUGUGAAGACCAAACAUCCACAGCUCCACAUUGAGAGCAAAUUUUACAAGAUGAUGCAGGGCGGAGUGGGAAUCCCAUCCAUAAAGUGGUGUGGAGCAGAAGGUGACUACAAUGUCAUGGUGAUGGAGCUUCUGGGUCCCAGUCUGGAGGACCUGUUCAACUUCUGCUCCCGCAAGUUCAGCCUGAAAACAGUCCUGCUGCUAGCUGACCAGAUGAUCAGCAGGAUUGAAUACAUUCACUCCAAGAACUUCAUCCACCGAGACGUGAAGCCCGACAACUUCCUGAUGGGGCUCGGAAAGAAGGGCAACCUGGUCUACAUCAUCGACUUUGGCCUGGCCAAAAAAUACCGCGAUGCCCGAACACACCAGCACAUCCCCUACCGUGAGAAUAAGAACCUCACCGGAACGGCCCGCUAUGCCUCCAUCAACACCCAUCUGGGCAUCGAGCAGUCAAGACGAGAUGACCUGGAGUCUUUGGGUUACGUCCUUAUGUACUUCAACCUGGGCUCUCUGCCCUGGCAGGGGCUCAAGGCUGCCACCAAGAGGCAGAAGUAUGAACGCAUCAGUGAAAAGAAAAUGUCCACCCCCAUUGAGGUGCUCUGCAAGGGAUAUCCCUCUGAGUUCUCCACCUACCUGAAUUUGUGUCGCUCACUGCGGUUCGAUGACAAGCCAGACUAUUCAUAUCUGAGACAGCUCUUCAGGAACCUUUUCCACAGACAGGGCUUCUCCUACGACUACGUCUUUGACUGGAACAUGCUAAAGUUUGGAGCCGGCAGGACCACAGAAGAUGGAGAGAGGGAGAGGAGGGAGGGUAAAGAUGGGGAGGAGCGGGCAGGAGCAGGCCAAAGAGGAGCAGGAGGUCGAGCUUUGCCCCCAGGUCCAAACCCUUCAGCAGCCAACAGAGUCAGGAACGAGGCUGACGCUGCUCCUUCAAACCCGGCCACACGUGGGGUCCAACAGUCAGGUAACCGCUCCCCUCAGGCGGGGAGAGCAGAGCGAGCUGAGCGAGAGAGGAAGGUGGCCAUGAGGCUUCAUCGCGGCGCCCCUGCCAACGUCUCCUCCUCUGACCUCACUGCACGCCUCGACCAGUCACGCAUCACUGCAUCACAGGUCAGUGUGCCGUUUGAACACCUGGCAAAGUGAGCUCCUCCUGGCUGGCUUGCAGGUCAGUGGCAGCAGCUGCAGGGUAUCAAAUAACCCUUACUUUUCAAACGGAUGAAUGAAAACAUGAAUGUGUGAAGGAAGAUGGGAGGAGCAGGAGGAUGCCCUUAAAGCGAGGAUGGAGGCCAUCGUGUGUCUGUCAGUAAGCUGUGUGAACACUGGUGACCAGAAACUGAAGAAACGUUAGAAAAAACACCCGGACAAACAAACUCUGGGGUGGAACUGGUUUGUACUACUGUUUGGGGUGCGGCCAGAGAGAAAAGAGGGUGAAACAACACACAGACCCCGCCCUUUCUUCAUUCAUAUUCACCUGCCUGUCGACUCAGAGGCUCAACUUGCAAAAAAACAUCAAAGUGCACAGAACGGACUCAGUUUCAGAUUCUCUGUCGUUUCCACCCGUGAUAACAUUUAAAGAAAAAAGAUCAACUAUCAACUGCUGACGUUUGAGAGCUACAUCCGCUGCUUAUGGUGUUCUUGAUUAAAAAAAUAAAUAUGUAAACAACAGUGAAGUCAAACACAAAGUGUAUACAGGCCUGUAAUAGAUGAGACAGGAGAAUGCUUGAAAAUAGACCAAGGAGAGGAUCAGAGAUGAAUGUGAGAGUCUGCAGUUCAUCUGGGGAUGGGAGUGAGGCUGCUUUUUGUCAAUAAAUGUCAGUGUCUGUGUGUAAUUGUCUUAAGUGUUCGUUUUGCCUUUAGCUUUGCUUUAGCGAGUCAAAGAAAAGAAGGGAAGGUGGAAAAGUGUUCAUGAAUUAUCCAUGAUUAGUCAACAAAAAUCCUUCCUCCUUAUCAGCACAGUUGUUACUCUCUUAACUAGAAGAGACAGAGAAAACAUGCUCACUGAAUAUGAACAGAGGAGGAAGACUGCUCUUGGUUUAGAAAAAAAGGGAGAGCCAUGUAGAUUGUACGAUAUGAAAAAGCCUUAUAGUCCAGCUUGUAACUCCAGGUGUGAAAGUUCUUGAGAAAGUGACAGGAUCUUGGUGAUGAACAAGUCUGGUGUUACACUUUCAUUUUUGUCUUUUACUUUAGCUUUUUUUUCUUUUAUAAAACAUGUAAAAAUGUGUAGAUACCUAUUGCCAGAAUGUGAAAUAUUGUUUAAAGAUGGAGCUGGAGAGAAGAGUACCGUUUACUUCCUGAUGACCUGAGGACAAAAGUGACGCAGAAACUUUUACCGCUCACCUUUGGAGUCAGCCGCGUGUGUUUGUUUUUCAUUUCCACUGUGGUAGGCAAUGACAGAGAGGUUCCUCUGAAUACAUGAAGAAGCGUUUUGACCUCGGGCCUAUCAGGAAGGAGGGAUGUCAGGAAGGAGCGGUCUGAUGUCCUGUACAUUUCUUUACCAUGCUUCAACUUUAUUACUAUGAUAUUUGUGUAUAUUUUCUGAAUCAAUAAAAGAUAUACACAGACA